AUGCCGUUCAUUUUCCCCAGGCGGCACCGUCACUAUAAGCUCACCCUUUGGUUGAUGGUCGCCGAGCUUCCGAUUACGGUCGUUAUCCUGACUCUGACGGGUAUUGCUUCACACAACACUUAUCGGACGUUGCUAUGGCAAGAUGGUGCAGACAAUGGGUUCAACAGCGCUCCUAAUGCGGCGUUGUACGCGGCUGCUAACUACCGACCAUACACGGCUCCCUUGGUUUGGUCGUCAUUUAUGACCAAUUACAACCUGGUUAUCGGAGUCCUCAGCGUUUUCCUAUUGAUCGUCAAAUUCCCCGUUCACUGCAUGCACCUAUUCUUCCCUCCUCUCGGGGCCUUCAUCCACGGUGCCAUCAUGGUGCUUUACAUCGUCUCAGCUCGGUACCAGGCUGGCAGUGACAUGUCAGACCCGAAGCACCCCCAACCGGGACCACCUUGGUAUAUCACGAAGAACUGCAAUGUUGCUGCGCACAAGUCAAAUAUUGGAUACUGCGAACAAGCCAAGUCGCUUUUCGCCGUCUCAGUCGUUAUGAUGUACGAGAAUCCCAGUGUCCAUGCUAGGUAUGAAUUUCGUCAUACUAACAGCCGCCUCGAUAGUUUCCUCUACUUUGUGGAAUUCGUAGUGGUCGUCCACUCCUGCUUCAUCACCAAGGAAGAGCGCGAAGAGAUCCUGGAGCAAAGGGAAGAGAAGCGCAUUGAGAAGGAAUUCGAAGAGGAGAUCAUGAAAUCACCCAGUAUGAUCCCCAUGACACCUGGCUUCGUCGGCCAAGAUCACGGCAUGAUCCCCCGAACUCCCGGAUACCCACCGAUGGUCGCCACGAGCCCCGUUACACAUGGAGGAAUUCUCCACGCACCAUUUACUCCCCGGAUGACGGCACGUACACCGGGCUUUAAUAGACUUGGUGCUGCAAGUCCUUCUUCGGACCUUCCGCUGCGGGAUCACUCGAAUAUGCUUACGCCGAUACAAACUCAACCAGUACAGACGAUAGAGCCACAGACAGCGUCGGCAUCUGGAUCAGCGAUGUACUUCCCACCUCCGCCUAAGAAGGCAUCGAAGAAAUAA